AUGCUACUUUACAGCUCAAAGUCCCCCUUGGCCCAGGGGAAGGGCUCUGGGGAGGAGGAGGCAAGUCUGCACAGUAAAAGGAGCCUCAGCAACAGCUCAGCGGUGGCCGCUGCCUACAUUUCCUACCUCAAUAAACUCUUUGGACAGGAGAGAGAGCUAAUGCCUGAGGAGUUAGAUGAGCUCCAGGAGGCCUUCAAGGAAUUUGACUACGACGCGGAUGGCUUCAUUCAUUACAAAGACAUCGCAGACUGCAUGAGGACCAUGGGCUACAUGCCUACUGAAAUGGAGCUCAUCGAGAUCAUCCAGCAAAUCAAGAUGAAAUGGGGUGGUCAUGUAGACUUUGAUGAUUUCUGCGAGUUAAUGGGGCCUAGGAUGCUGGCAGAGACGGCUCAUAUGGUCGGGCUGAAGGAGCUCCGCUGUGCCUUCAAACAGUUUGACUGUGAUGGUGAUGGAAAGAUCACGCUUGAUGAGCUGAAGGAGGGCAUGAAGACCCUCCUGGGGGAGAAGCUGAAGAAAGGCGAGCUGGAGGAGAUCCUCAGCGACAUUGACCUCAACAAAGACGGCAACAUUGACUUUGAUGAGUUUGUUAUGAUGCUUUCUGCACGAUGACCUCUGAUGGAAGAAGAUGAGCAUACAACACUGGAUUCUCCUUCCUGC